CACGAGCUUCCGGUGUAAACAGAAAAGAAAUAAAUUUUAACUUAUAUACAGUUUUUGCGUAGAAAAUGCAUUAUUAGACAAAACUCAUUGAAAAAUGGAAGUGGACAGUACAAAAUAUGAAUGCUUUAUCGUUAUUCCUAUUCCUGUUGCUGUUCAACGGGACUGUUCUAUAUGAAACAAAGGAGGAACCCUUCCCAGUCCAACUACUUAAAGAUACUGCACACUGCAAUAUUUCACCCAGCGUGUUCAAGGAUUCUUUCACAGUAUGGAACUGUUCAGAGCUUGGAUACCACGAAAUUAUAAGACAUUGUGGAAGCAUUCAAACAAUGCCAUUCCCCAUGAAGCCAAAUCAAAUACCCUCUUUAUCAAAAAAUAUUGGAAUUUCCAAAAUAAUAUUACAUAACAAAGAUUUAUUUUCAACAAGUAUAGAAUGUUGCAUCAUGGAUUUUUAUUCAGAUGAAGUUUAUUUUAACCUAUUGUCAAAAAGAGAACUUACAAAUUGUGAUAUUGUUUUUGUUAAGAGUAAAGUUUUACAUUAUUUGAGGAGAGACAAACUUUUUAAAAGAUCAUCAAAAGAAAAUGACACAUCACCAAGAUUACUAAAGGAAAAAGGAAGUGGUAAAGAGAGUUCAAAUUUCACUGGUGCUACAACUUAUAACUCCACUGUGAGGAUUCCCAGAGAAGCCAAUGCAACUUCUAUGAAUAGGUCCAAACUUAAUGAAACUGAAUUGGAAAUGAUUGAGAGAGAACUAGCCAUAAAGCUUUCACAUGAUCCACAGUGGGCGAUGAUGAGUAUGACCUUCAUCAUUAUACUUCUCCUGUGUGCUGUAAAAUGCUGUAAACUGACUCAGUACAACCAAUCCGAAUUACAGUAUGUGGAUUACAUUGAUGAUUGGGAUACUUCAACCGUUUACGAGACCAUUGAGAGAAAAUUCUCUUUCUUGGAUAUGUUAAAAAGAUUCAAGAAAAGAAUAAAGAAAAGGCAGAGGAAAAGUGACGAGGAACAAAGACAAUUAUUAAUCAACAGAGGCCACAGUGAUGGGGAAGACAGUAUUGUUAAUGAAAGUGAAAAUUUUAUCAAUCUAUGACCAAAGGUUUAAAUGUAUGUAGAAUAAAAGGUUUAGAGUAUCAAAGAAUUUUUUGCUUGGCUUCAAAAGGAUGAAAGAAAGGUUAUAUAUGGGAAGGGGGGAGGGAUAUUUUUGAUGGAGAAAUAGCUAUGGAAGAUUCUUCAGGAAUAUCCUAGCUAUCAUUUGAUAAAGGCUAGAAUAUAUAUAUGUAUUUACAAAGUAGCAUUGUGUUUAUAUACCAGGUAUACAUGUAUAUUUUAAUUGUCAACUAAUGAGAUAUUUUAUAAAAUAUAUGUUUUUUGUUGUGAAACAUAUUUCAUUAGAUAAAAUAAAAGCUUAUUAUGACAGUAUGUUUAAACAAAUAUUGUUGUGUGGAUGCAUCUUUAUUUUGAAAUUGUUUGUGUUACUAUGUGCCAAUCAUAAAAUAAAAGCAUUACAUGUGUUGAUAUGUGAGUAAUUAUACCUUUUGUAAUUGUAGUGUUAUGUAUGUGCAGUAAUUGUUAGUAGAUAUCAUAUUUGAUGAGUGAUAUUUUUUUUACAUACAUGUAUCAGAUUUAAAAUUGGCCUGCCUUUUAAUUCAUAUUUAUUGGACAAAGUUUUUGUGUAUAAAAAUUACAACUGCCAUCCAUAAUCAUAUUAUGUACAUUCAGUCUUAUCAUCUAAAUGCUUCUCAAUCAGUCUUUGAGCAAACACUACUUGCAUUAAUCAAUUAAAUAUUGGUGCUUUUGACACAAUGGUGACUGUGUUAAUCUAUGAUAAUUAAGCUAUGUCAAAAAAUAAACUAGAAUGUUAUGCUUUAGAAAAACUUAUAUUUAGAAAAAUUGAUAGAAUCUAUGAUCUUCUUUACCUUUGAUGUUGGAUAUGUAAUGGUUCAUCAUUACUUUGAUAAGAGAGAUAACUGUCUAUUCCUUUAUAAAUUUGUCAAGUUGAAACGCCUUUUUCAGUCCAAUUUUCCCCCACAAGCUCUGCUAUUAUUGUUUGUAUUUAACUUAACAAAUACAUUUCUUUUUGAAAAUCACAAGGAUUAAAGAAACAGUUUAUGAGUGAGUGGAGGGUUUAUGAACCUAAAUGGUUAAUCGGUUUUGAUACUUCUACAGCAUGUGAGUUUCAAUUACUUACUCAUAAAUUUUCAUUAUUAUGAAUGUUCGUUAUACAAAUACGCAGACCAAUAUUGGAAAAAAAAUCGUUUUGCAAGAAUGACAAUAUGAUUAUUUUGGUACAUGUCAGAUAUAAAUAUUUGUAGAUUUGUUUAAUUUUUGCAGACCAGAUCUAAUAUAUAUUUUGUAUAUGUAAUGUAUUGUAUACGUAUAUUGAAACCUGUGAAAGAAGAAUAUAGCAAAGGAUUCAAGAUACAUGUGUAUCUGAGUGUAGACUUGUAUUAUUCAUUAUAUUGUUGGGACCAUGGACUGACUUCAACAUAUCCCUGACAUUGGGUACAAUCAAGGUAGCAUAGUUUGGCUGUAAAUUGUAUCACUUAUACAUCUGAUUAAUUAAGUUGCAAUAUUGUUGUUUUAAAAAAUAUGUUUAAGUUAGAUGUUUAAAAAGAAUAAAUUAUCAUAAUGAG